CGGGGUAAGAAAGCGAGCAUGCUGCUACCCCGCGAUGUUCAAUUAUCGAAUUACACAGUCAUCGUAACUACCGUAUAUCAGUCAAUGUAACCAGCAGCGCAUGCGUCGUGGCCAUGGGCACAGAUAAGUCGUUUUCUUGUUGAUAUAAAGAUACAUGCGAUCGAAAAUCGAGUUUUCUGCCGGCCGUCUUUCUGGAAACAGCAACAUUCCGUGGCAGAACCAUGGGCCUGCUCACGAACUUCGCAGCGAACUUGUUCCUGUACGCGUCUCUGGCCCUCGGUCUUCUGCUCCUGGUGCCGUUGAAACUCAGCCAGGAGUUACGCUCGGCGUAUUUUGCCCGCUUCUUUCUCCCCGUACUCAACCACCUGUGUCGAGACCGAUUCAACGACAUCCGUCGGCGAGCGGUCUCCCAGCUGAACGACCUCGUGUCCCAAGACGAUGCGCUCAAGGAAGAGGACGCCAUCAGUGUCUUGGAGAUCGGCGCUGGCUUCGGCGUCAACUUCGAGCACAUCACGCGGCCGGUCAGGUACUCCAACGUGGAACACCAGCAAGAGCUCGAGGAGUCCUUUCAGGUCAACCUCAGAAAGAAUUCCAACGUGAAACUGGAGCGCUGGAUUACUAGGUGCGGCGAGUGCAUGCCGGACGUUCCGGACGCUUCCGUGGACGCCGUCCUCCUAACCUACAUCCUUUGCUCAACGACGGACGUGGACAGGGUCCUCGCCGAGUGCAAGAGGGUGCUGGUAAAGGGAGGCAGACUCGUGUUUCUUGAGCACGUGGCACAACCGGAGGGGAGCUGGAGCUUUACCGUGCAGCGGUUGCUGGAUCCGCUCUGGUCGCAUGUCUUUUGUGGCUGCCACCUGACCAGAAGGACGGGGGACGUCUUGGCCAAGGCGGGCUUCGCUCAGCUGGAACUCGCCGAAGAAUACAUGGCCGCGCCUUUUGUGCUGAGUCCCCACGUGUACGGCUUUGCCGUCAUGGGGGAGUACAAACCGGAGCCGUGCCCGUCUCCGAAACGUUUCUUUGGGAUGUUGGCAGAAAAUGAACGACAAGCUCUCUUGAAAUUGGAAUGAUGAAGGUGCUCUGGCAAGUCAUGAUGUACUUCAGGCCAGCCGACGAACUCUUUUGUGGUGAAUUUGAUGGCGCCUUCACUGGAACUUCUGGAGGAUGCAAUAAAGCUUUUUUCCCCUUUCU